AUGUUCACCCAAAUUGAUCAAAGAUUGAGACAAAUUUUAGGCGUCGAUGAAUUAUUCGGAGGGGUUAGCCUCUUGGUCGUAGGUGAUUUCUAUCAGCUUAGUCCGGUGUUUGGACAAUUUGUUUUCGAGGAUAGCAAAGAAAUUUUAGGCCCGAUCAUUGGAAAUCCACUCUGGAAUAGAUUUAGACUAUUUGAGCUUAAGGAAAUCAUGAGGCAAAAAGAUGACGCCAAGUUUGCAACUGCACUAAAUAGACUGUCCAUGGGAAUGCUUGAAGAAGAAGAUAUCCAAAUGUUCAAGAGUAGAGAAAUUGGAAAAAACUUAAUUGUUCCAGAUGAUGCAACAUGGUUGUUUUACAGCAACACAGAUUGCGAUAAAUUUAAUCGCGAAGCGAUAAAUCGAGCAAAGGGGCCAUUGUACAAUUCAUAUGCCAUAGAUAGAGUGCAGGGUGGAAAGAUUCUAGCCUCCCAACAAGCUCCCAACAAUGUUGGAGUCCGCCGAAUAUUUAAGUUUGCAGCAAACCGGAGGAAUGGCAUACCACGAAAAUUAAUGAGGGUAAUUGAAAAGCCAUUUACUAACGGGCAGAAAGCUGUUAAGAUUGUAUUUAUGGAAUUCUCGGAGAAAUUGGUAGGACAACUGGCAAGGGCAAAUAACUUAGGAUUACUCAAACAAUUAGAAAUUCCGCUGCAUUGGACCCCGAUCUUCUCGGAAACCAAGGCAUUAAAUAGUUUUGGGCACUAUCAAGGAAUGCAAAUUGUUCGCCGUCAAAUUCCCCUGGUUGCUGCUAAUGCUAUUUCCAUCCAUAAAUCACAGAGUCUGUCUAUCCCAAACACAGUUGCCAAUAUUCCAACUCGAGGAUUGAGAAGGGAUGCGAUAUAUGUAGCUAUGAGUCGGGCACCUUCGUUAUCAGGAUUAUUUAUUGGCGGUACUUUCAAUGCUCCACGUGCAAUCGAUACUUUAAGCAUCCUGUAG